AUGCAGAUCCUAAAAGUGUUAUUGGUAGUGCUGGUUGCGGUGAACCUGACCACCGGUUUCUUCUUUCCGAAGAAGAAAAAAAUUUACAUCCAUCAUCCUGCACCUGCACCGGUGUACCCGCAGUACACGUACAGCUAUUACUAUCAACCUAUCCCGUAUUACUACUAUGAACCUGUGUACGUUGCUACCCAUCAUCCGACGCCGGCACCAGUGCAUCCCAAGGAGGAUAAGCCGGAGGUAGAGAUCGUACCAUCGGUCGGAUUCCAGAUGGGAACGAAAACCGAUGUGAUCGAGGUACUCAAAUCGCCAGGCGUUGAGGUCCAACCCGUGCAGCCGGUGCAAACCGAUGCUGGCAGCACCACGGUCAUCAUCGACGAGAUUAAACCGGACGCAAACGAUGUUAAGCUAUCAUCCGGCGGAGUUGUACCGAUCGUGAACAGUGAAGCAUCCGCACAGUCGAGCUUCUCAUCGACCGACCUGCUGAUCAACUCGGUACCGUCCGUGUCGGACAUCGAUGUUAGAGGAUCCUUCAACGGGAACUCCGACAACACCAAACGGGGCGCCAGUACCGUUGAGGUGUACAAAUCUCCAGGUGAAUACAUUGAGUUUCCACCAGUGGCCAUUCAAAACGAUGACGAGACCCUGUCCGCACUGCUCACUGAUCAAGCUUUCCCACCCAACAGCGAUCUAUCGUCUUCCUUAAGCUCGUUUUCCGCAAGUCAAUCGUUCGCCCAAUCGCAAGCUUUAACCAGUACGCUAGCCGACUCGGAGCAGGACAGUGUCUUUGCCGCAUCGAGCGAUUCCGUCAGUCAUGUAAAACCCCCGUCCGAGGAUGCAUUAGCGUUUCCCGAAGUGCAGCAGGUGCUCCGCGAGCUGCUUAACACCAAAAACUUUGACGAGAAACGAUUUAAGAAAGAUACCACAACCAGUGGUGGCGUACCGCAGCGGCAAUCGGUUCAAAUCGAUCCGGAGAUCAGCUAUAGCAAGGUGGUGCGCCAGUAA